GCCCACGGGCGAUGGCUACAGUCAGUGAGCGCCGGCCCUUCCGGAGCCGUCAGGUCAGCGGGAGGAGGGGGCGCUGGCGCCCGAUCCAGCCCACCUCGGAGCUGAGCUGCCCUCGGGCUGUUGGAAGGGGUGACACUGAAGGGCGGCCGGGUCCUGGCUGCCGCUGUGGGGCCUGAUCUGGAGUUUCACAUCCUCGUCUGCUCGGCGCUGGCUGCCCGGGAGCCGGAGGGGGACUCAGGCUGAGGGCGGACGCAUGAAGGCCCCAGCGACCGCGGCCCUUUGUCUCGGACGAGACUCCGCGUGGGGCCCCGCGGCCCUGUGCUGAGCGCGGCGCGCCGUGACCUAGGACUCGGGACGAUGAGUCUCACGGGCGACCAAGGCGCAUCGGAGAGCAUCUUUGACCUGGACUACGCCUCCUGGCGGAUCCGCGCCACGCUGGUGGCCGCCGGCUUUGCCUUCUACCUGGGCGUCUUCGUCGUGUGCCACCAGCUGUCCUCCUCCCUGAACGCCACGUACCGCUCCCUGGUGGCCAAGGAGAAGGUCUUCUGGAACCUGGCCGCCACGCGGGCCGUGUUCGGCGUGCAGAGCACGGCCGCGGGCCUGUGGACGCUGCUGGUGGACCCGGUGCUGACGGCCGACAAGGCGCACGCCCAGCAGAGCUGGUCCUGGUUCCACGUGGCCACGGCCACCGGCUUCUUCUGCUUCGAGAACGCGGCCCUGCACCUGUCCAACGCCCGCUUCCGCACCUUCGACCCCUUCCUGGUGCUGCACCACCUCUUCGCCUUCCUGGGCUUCCUGGGGCUCGUGGCGAACCUGCGGGCCGGCCACUACCUGGCCAUGGCCACGCUGCUGCUGGAGGCCAGCACGCCCUUCACCUGCGUGUCCUGGAUGCUGCUAAAGGCUGGCUGGGCCGACUCCCUGCUCUGGAAGGCGAACCAGUGGCUGAUGGUCCACAUGUUCCACUGCCGCAUGGUGCUCACCUACCACAUGUGGUGGGUGUGCGCGCAGCACUGGGCGGGCCUGCGGGACACCCUGCACCCGCCGCACCUGGCGCUCUUCCUCCUGGGCCUGAGCCUCCUGACGCUGGUGCUCAACCCCUACUGGACCCACAAGAAGACCCAGCAGCUCCUCAGCCCCGUGGACUGGAACUUCGCAUCGCCCCCGCCGCCGCCCCGGGGCCCCGCCCCGCCCAGGGCCAACGGCCAGGUGCCCCUGAAGAAGGGGCUGUAGCCGCUGGGAGCCCCGCCUCCCGACGCCCCGGCGCCGCUCCUGAGACUGCUUGGUGGUGGCCGAACUCCGCCUCCUGUCCCGCUGUCUGUCCUGGUUCCUUCCUGGGGGCCCAGCCUGGGGGGCGCUGGCCAUGGAAGGUUCCGGGGAGGCGGGGCUGGGUUCCAGUGCAGGCCGGCGGCUUUCUUGCCCUCGCCUUGCUGGGCCGCACAGACGUGGCGUUUUCUACAACCGAGGGCCGGUCUCCACCGGUCUCCACCGGCAGGAAGGUGGGAGCCACGGUGCUUCCUGCUCACCGGUUGCUGUGGUCGAGCCCAGCCCGUCUGUGAGGCUGCCUGGCUGACAGUCGUACGGGAAAUGCACGCACUGGGUCUGCGCAGCCUGCACCUGCUGUUCCAGCCCUGCCUGUUCCCUGGGAGGAACCGCCCUGAGGUGGAAGCCUUGUUACAAGUUCCGGGAGCAACAGUGCCCUCUGGGGGCCACGCUGCAGCGGCACGUGCAGGAGUCUCGCAGACUUUUUAUCAAGGAAGCCACACGAAACCAGCAUUAUGUGUUCACGUGGAAUCGCUCAGUUGAUGAAAUAAGGAGGGUAUUUAAUAACCAGAACUGCCUAGAUUUCAGAGACAUUCCCAUUGACUGCGUUGCCAGCAGGUGCCCGAGUGAGACCCCGGUUCCUUGGUGGUUUUCUCUGGAUUUCACGAAGAGGUGGUGACGGCUCCCUGCAAGCUGUGGGCAGACCGGCCUCGGCCCGGGGUGCUGGGCUGCCAGGCCCUGCGGCUCCCCAGAGAGGCCCCGGCAUCUGUUCUUGUCACGAGUGUGCGGUUCCACCAAAGGGAUUGUAUGGAAGCACGUUUACUGGUGAGAUCACGUGGGACCGGGCCGUUCCGUGCGGGACCUCAGAGGGAGCGUUUGAUUACGGCGCUCUGAUUUUAUUGAUCAUGUCACCCCUAUUUAUCGCCCCUUAAGAAGUGAGUUAAAUCUUAACUACCCACGAAUCAUGCCCACAGCUAACCGUGGCCUGCGCCGUGGCCUGCGCUCCCGUGCCUGCGGAAGCACAGGGUCCGGCAGCCUCACGUCUAACGGUAAAUAAAGCAGCCGGUGUUUGCCGA